AUGAAAUCGCGGCUUGUAAUAUCCUCCGCUGUCCGUACUGCCUUGAAAAAUCACGAACCUAUUGUCGCCCUAGAGUCCACCAUCCUUACUCAUGGCCUUCCUCGGCCAACAAACCUGGAAGUAGCUCAGCGCUGCGAAGCUGCUGUCAAAUUAAGCGGAGCUUUUCCCGCUACCAUCUUUUUAUACAACGGAAAAAUUCACAUCGGAGCAAAUGAAGAAGAAUUAUUCGAGCUUUGCCAGUGUGACGACGCAGUGAAAGUUUCCAGACGUGACUUUUCUAAAGUCCUGGCAAGUUCUGGCUGGGGCGGCACAACUAUUGCUGGUACUGUAUUAGCGGCCAAUUUAGCUGGAAUCGAUCUCAUGGCGACGGGGGGACUUGGGGGCGUUCAUCGAGGCGCCGAAGUUACUUUCGACAUUUCUGCAGAUUUGUCGGAGCUUGGCCGAACACCCGUGGCGGUUGUCUCGUCUGGAGUGAAGAAAAUCCUAGACGUGAAGAAAACGCUGGAAGUCUUGGAGACGCACGGAGUUGGAACGUAUACAAUUGGUGAUUCAGAUGCGUUUCCGGACUUUUACAUGCGCGACUCCGGACUCAAGUCGCAUGGAGGAGCAGUUUCUGUCGAACAAGCGGGCAAAAUUCUUGCAGUGAAUAAAGAGAUCGGAAUAAGCUCGGGAAUUGUUUUUGCUAAUCCGGUACCGAAGGAUGCGGAAGGCGAUGGAAUUUUUAUCAGUGGAUUGAUUGAUGAAGCUCUUUCCGAAGCAGAACGUCAGAACAUUACUGGCCCCGCGUCUACACCAUUCAUCCUGUCAAAACUCGCAGAUCUUUCCAAAGGAAAAACUGUCGAAAUCAACGUCCGUUUGGUCGAAAACAACUGCCUCGUGGGCGGCCAAAUCGCGAAAGAAUUCGCUCUUCAACGAAAUUCCUGGUGCGUCUAA